AUAGCCCACUGCUGGGAUGAUCACACCAUCACAGUCACACAUUCUUGCUAGGAGGAUUAGUUUUGUGUCUAAUCACACAACAGAAAGGUCUGGAUUAUAUAGGGGAGCUGGGAGCUCCAAACAGACGAUGGAACCAUGCAGCUGGAGAAUGAACCAGGAGGAUAUGUUGAUGAACUCAGUGCCAAUGAAACCAGCUGGACUUGGAGUCAGACCAUGAACUACGUGGGGCAGCUGGCUGGCCAGGUCUUUGUGCAGGUGAAGGAGCUGUACAGAGGGCUGAACCCUGCCACCCUGUCCGGCUGCAUCGAUGUCAUCGUGGUGCGGCAGCCUAAUGGCUCCCUGCAGUGCUCGCCCUUCCACGUCCGCUUUGGCAAGAUGGGUGUCCUGCGCUCACGGGAAAAAGUGGUUGAUAUAGAGAUUAACGGAGAGCCGGUCGACCUACACAUGAAACUGGGGGAGAAUGGUGAAGCCUUUUUUGUGAAGGAGACUGAGAGUAAUAUGGAGAUGGUGCCGUUCUAUUUGGUGACAUCCCCCAUAAUGAAUGAAGGCUCAGUUUUAAUGGAAUCACAGAUAGGGAAAGGUGCCUCUCGUUUAGCUGAGUCUGUAACCGGGCCCUCCAUCCAGUCCAUGGGCCCCUCACAGACCUCUGGAGACAAUAGCGUGACAAAGAAGAGGAGAAAGAGGAGAAGAAAGUCCAAAGUGGACAAUGCGAAGCAUGAGGACAGUGAGGACUCGGAAGAUGAGGACAUGUUCCCCAUCGAUAUGAGCUCUGACGAAGAUACUGCAGCGAGUGGAUCUAUGGCACACAAAGCCAGUGCUGAGCAAGCAGAUGGCACUCUCUCCAGCAGCUCUUUUGCACAGAGUACAAUGUACUCCCAGUGUGAGGAAGAGUGGGCACAUGCGCACAGUACAAGGAUGGGGCAGACCUGCACUCUGCCCAUGCCAGGACGGCUCUCUAUUUCCUGCCCCCAGCAAACGUCCAUGUUUCCAUCUGCAGUCAGCACGGCGAGUGAUUCCUCACCUUCCACACCCAAGAGUGACUCCGAGCUGCAAGUCAGGGGGGCGAAGGGCAAGUCAGAGAACCCAGAAAUGCUGUGGGCCUGGGGAGAGCUACCUCAGGCUGCAAAGCCCUCAUUCAAGCAGCCCAUUACUUCUACUAAUGAACAGAAGCUAAGUGAAUCCAUGGUGGUGACUCCAGCAAUGAUCUCCAUGUCAGACAGCACACACUUCCGGGCCAUCACAGGAGAUGGCAUGUUGGAGACCCUUGAGGAAAGCCGUCCAGCCCUUAGUCUCUAUGCAGCUGACCUUGAGGCUGGGGAGGUGGCUGCAGUCUUUGAACCUGCUUCCUCUGUGGAAGUGGAGACCCUGAGUGCAGCUGCUCAUUUCAUCACCAGUCUGGGAGAUGAGCGACACAGCCCUGGGUUCCGCACCCCCAAGACUGACUCACCCUCAAAAAGAAAAGACAAGAGAAGUCGUCACCUUGGAUCAGAUGGUGUCUAUUUAGAUGAUCUCACAGAACUAGAACCUGAGGUAGCAGCACUCUACUUUCCUAAGAGUGAUGGUGCAAGUCUAGUUAGGAGUGGGACAGACUUGAGGAGUGCCAGUCAGUCUCCCCAGUCAGUGGGGAGUAGUGGCGUGGACAGUGGAGUGGACAGUUAUUCUGACCAGUUAACAGACCUGCCCAACAUUGCCAUCUCUCUGUGUGGAGGACUAACAGAAAGCCGGGAGAUCACAAGAGAGGAAUUUCAAGAGAGAGCAAUAUCUUAUCAAGAAUUUGCUGAUAAUCCAUCUCUUAUUGAUGACCCCAACCUGGUUGUAAAAAUCGGAACAAAGUAUUAUAAUUGGAGUACAGCUGCUCCACUAGUCCUGACUAUGCAGGUGUUCCAGAAACCGCUGCCAAAGGCUACAGUGGAGAACAUCAUGAAAGAGAAGAUGCCCAAGAAAGGAGGACGCUGGUGGUUCUCAUGGAGGGGGAGAAACACCAGCUCCAAGUCGGAGUCUGUGUCAGAUCAAGUGGAAAGCGGGGAUCAGCCUGUGAGAACAGGCAGCAGCUUAAAGGAUGAAUCAUCCUCAAGUGAUGAUGAGGUCACACUGAAUAAGCAGAAUUCAGCAAGCACCCAGCCUGAGCCUCUUCUCAGCCCUGGUAAUAUCUGCUACAGGAAGACCCUCCGCCUAACCUCUGAGCAGCUAGUCAGUCUGCAGUUAAAAGAAGGCCCCAAUGACGUGGUCUUCAGUGUUACCACUCAGUACCAGGGCACCUGUCGCUGUGAGGGCACCAUAUAUUUGUGGAACUGGGAUGAUAAGAUUGUGAUUUCGGAUAUAGAUGGCACUAUUACCAGAUCAGAUACCCUUGGGCACAUUUUACCCACAUUAGGCAAAGACUGGACUCAUCAGGGCAUUGCCCGCCUGUAUCACAAAGUCAGCCAGAAUGGCUAUAAGUUCAUGUAUUGCUCUGCACGGGCAAUUGGAAUGGCUGAUAUGACGAGAGGUUACCUGCACUGGGUAAAUGAACGAGGCACCGUGCUACCUCAGGGUCCUGUGCUGCUCAGUCCCAGCAGCCUGUUUUCUGCACUACACAGAGAGGUCAUUGAGAAAAAGCCAGAGAAGUUCAAAAUUGAGUGUCUGACAGAUAUUAAAAACCUCUUCUCUCCAAACACUGAACCUUUCUAUGCUGCUUUUGGAAACAGAGCUACUGAUGUUCAUUCAUACAAGGAGGUGGGAGUGCCACUGAACCGAAUAUUCACUGUGAACCCUAAGGGGGAGCUUGUCCAAGAACAUGCAAAGACCAACAUAUCAUCGUACGGCCACCUGUGUGAAGUUGUCGAUCAUGUCUUCCCUCUGCUGGUCAGAGGCAAUACCUCAGACUUCCCUUGCUCAGACACCUACAGCCAGUUCACCUACUGGAGAGACCAGCUGCCAGAGGUAGACAAGCCAGAUGAAGCAGAAGAAAAUAGUUGAAGGGCUAGGUAAAGCAUGGCUGCAUAGAUAUGCCACUGUCUGAACACUAGCACUUCUCCAAUACGGCCUCUCCUCUCAAGCACAAGUGACAUGGUAGCAUGUGCAUAUAUUACUUUUAGCAUUGCAGUGAGUCAUAUAUUUAAGCUAAUAAUACCCUGGUUUAGAGUCUUGUCAUAGAUUAUUAUACAGUUAAUACAUGGAGAUAUUCUAUUUUUUUAACAGUAUCAGCAAGGUUACGAUUACAGUGACAGUCAUUUCUUGUUCUCAACUCCACACUAAAACUGUGGUGUCAUAAAUGAUUGUCUUUCUGUGUUUUUGUUUGUAAAUAAUUCAUAGCUUAUAUUUUCAAAGAAGAACAUUUAUUAUGCUGAGAAGCAUAUGUUAAAAAUAUUCCUGUUAAGUGUAAAGAUAUAAGAUGUGGAAGCCAGCAGCAGUCUCAGGUCUAACAACAUUUACAAAUAGUAAAUAUGUGACAUUUGCUAACAUUACAAGACAUUUAUUUUUGCAACUCUUUUGGGCAUGUUUGGAACAAAUAGACAAAGAAAAAUACAAUCAGCAUUAUACUCUUAUGUUCAUUUUUCAAAUUUUAGGUUAGAUUUUAUCAAGUGUUAACUGAACAUAGAGCACAAUACAUUUUAAAGAAAAUGUAAUAUUUAUUUUUAAGAUGUUUAUCAUUCCUUUAUUUGUGUCUGGUUUUAUUCUUUACAAAAAUUAUACAAAUUAUAUAAAUGAUCAGCCAGUUGCUUCAUGACUCUUACCCAAUAGUUCAACACAACAAACCCGGAACAAGAGGGAGGGAUCUUCAAAAGGUUGUAAUAGAAUCAAUUGUAAAUGUGUUUUCUAUACAUU